AAUAGAUAAGCCAUGGAGGGACUGAGCGGGAACUGUCCUGCCUCUCACUGCAGGGAGCUGAUCUCUCACCCCGGACUAGGGCGACACUCUGGGACUAUUAUGCCCCACCAGGGCUCCAUUUACCCCGAUAUCUCCUCUCCAGAGGGCGCGAGGCAGUGUCCAGGGUCUCAGACACCCUCCUCAGGGGCAUCUCUGGGUUAUAAUUACCCUUAUUCCUACUACGAAUGCCGUUUGAGUCAUUCUCACGGUGUUAAUGUGCAGAAGCCGUGCUCUUAUCACCCCGCUGAGAAAUACCCAGAGCACGGGGAAGAGCUCUCCACCCGAGCCAAAGAACUGGCCUUUUACCCGGGUUUUGCCGGCUCUUAUCAAACCGUCCCGGGAUAUCUGGACAUGGCGGUGAUGCCCGGAAUCGGUGCUCAUCCUGAAGUGCGGCACGAGAGUUUAAUCCCGGUGGAUGGAUAUAAUCACUGGGCAUUGAGCAACGGAUGGGAUGGACAAGUGUGUUUUUCCAAAGAGCAGAGUCAGCAGAGCCACCUCUGGAAGACACCUUUCCCAGAAGUUGUGCCAUUGCAGCCGGAAGUCAGCAGCUACCGCCGAGGCCGCAAGAAGCGCGUGCCUUACACCAAGAUCCAGCUGAAGGAGCUGGAGAAGGAGUACGCGUCCAACAAAUUCAUCACCAAAGAUAAAAGACGACGGAUCUCCACCAUCACCAACCUCUCAGAGAGACAAGUGACCAUCUGGUUUCAGAACCGACGCGUAAAAGAAAAGAAAACCGUCUGCAAGUCGAAGUCAAGCGGCCACAUGCACGCGACCUGA